AUGUGGCAGUAUAUCAUUGCUCGCAGGGUAUGCCCUUCGGGGAACACUUCGAACUGCAUGUACACCCGUGCUCUGAUGAUUGCUUGCAUACUGGAUGGCAUUCCAGUGAAUGUUGGCCAUUACAAUAUCCGGGAGCAUCAAGAGUACCUGCACAAUACCAACUUGUCACGACCCAAGUCACGGGUCAUGAUGGCACUUACACUAUCCCCUCUGGGUUAUCAUUCAAGUUUUGUUGAUGAGGAAGGAAUUACCAAAGCUUGUGGGUGUCCUUUACUGCCUCUAAAAAGCCAUAUAAAUGAACCUGCUUCUGAUACAGAACAAGAUACACCGUUAGAUAUCGUGGAUGAAGUAAUCACAUUCUUUCGAGCAAAUAUCUUCUUCAGGAACUUUGAUAUUAAAAGCUCAACUGAUAAGCUUCUCAUCUAUUUGACUUUGUAUAUCAAUUUGGCAUUGAAGAGGCUAGAAGGCUGCAGAACUUUAGCUGAAGGGAAAAGGUCAAUAUUUAACCUUGGUUUGGAAAAAAUUGUCAUACCUGGGGAGCCAGGUUUUCCAUUUCCAGGCUUAUUUGCUUCACCAAAGUCUCAACAGGAAGCAGGCAAGUUAUGUUUUGAAUUCACUACCAAGUAUUUGCUACUUUUAGAUUAUUGUGUUGUUGGAAAUUAAGGAAGGAGCACUCUCGAAUUACUCAAAUUCUUUCUUGAAGACAAGUGGAGGAAAUAAUUCUUGUUUACCUCACUCUACUUGCUCAGCCUAAAAUGCUAAUUGAAAUUUGUAGUUGUAAUCAUUUGAUUAAAUGCUAGUUUGAAGGCUCAUGAUUGUUCUCCUUGGUAGAGCAGAUCGUAUGUAGCAAGCACGAAUCGAAUCACUGGUCCUUGGCAAUCCUCACGUGACUGAAUGAAUCACCCUAGUUCCACAGCCUAAAUUCCCUUUUGAUAUUACAGAGAUUUCUAA